AUGCUUAAUCACACAGCCGUACUGUUCUUCGUUUUAUUGACUGGUAGUCAUUAUGGAUCCUUGGCAGGAUCUGAGGACCUAGAGAUUCAAAAUCCUUGGGACAACUUAUUCCAAAUCCAAAAUCCUUGGGACAACUUAUCAACCUUACUAAAAAACAUACCCAAAAAGACGGAAUUCCCGCCGCCAAAGUUUCGGCUUAUCGGCUCUAGGUAUUUCUACAUCGAACAACAAAUCGAACAAAAUUGGACCACUGCUGCCAGUACCUGUCGUCAAAUGGGCGGAUAUCUGGCCGCGAUUAAGGACGAAGAGGAGGCGCAGGCCAUCAUUGCGAGACUCAGUCCAUUUGUUUUCUACUACGUGGGCAUCAACGAUCACGAAAUAAAGAGAAGCUUUGUGUCCUUAGCCUCUGGCAAGCCAGCCUUUUUAAAGUGGAGUAAGGGUGAACCGGAUUACGUCUUUCAUGACCAGAACUGCGUUUCAAUUUUUAAUUUCAAUGACAAUGACGAAGGCCUGAUGUUGGGGCCUUGCUCCAACAAACAUAACUUUAUUUGCCAGGCAGAUGUCGAAAUUUAA